AUGCCCCUGAGGGUGGGGGGUGCACUACUUACAGGAGCACCUGAACUCCCUGCUGAUUCCUUAGCGGGGCAGGAGGAGUUCACGCAGGAGGUCCUGGCGGACCGCAGCUUGGAGGAACUCCGGCAGAUGGCUCAGGAGUCGGAGACGGAGUUCACCCCAGAAAAGAGGGAACAGGUGGUCUGGGACAAGGGACUCCUUUAUCGGUCGUGGAUACCGAAGAACCUGGCUGAGACCUGGGAGCCCUCUCGCCAGCUUGUAGUACCUCGAAAGUUCAGUACUGCAAAUCCUGUGAGACGUGCCAGCGGACGGGCAAGAGUGGGGGCAAACAAAGAGCUCCCCUACAGCCCCUCCCGAUCAUCGAACAACCUUCCUACAGAGGAAACUUACUGCAGAAAUUGGGAAACUUACUGCAGAAAUUGGCUGGAGACAACGUACUGUACCUGUAACACAAGCCUCCAUUGGAUCUCUUGGGAUACAAGGAUCUCCAAUCCCCUCCUUGAAAAUGUGACUUUGGAUCCAGACACGGCUCAUCCCAUUCUCACUCUGUCCAAGGAUCAGAAAAGUGUGAGAUGGGCAGACAAACAGCAGGAUCUGCCUGACAAUCCAGAAAGAUUUGACACGUGGCGCUGUGUGCUGGGCUGUGAGGAGUUCACCUCAGGGAGACAUUACUGGGAGGUGGAGGGUAAGGGAGAUUGGGUGGUGGGGGUCGCCAGAAGGUCUAUGAAGAGGAAAGGAGAGAGAAUUUUUAACCCUGGGGAGGGGAUCUGGGCAGUGCAGAUGUGGGGAGGUCAGUAUAGGGCUUGCACCUCCUCUCUGAGCCCCCUGACUCUGAGCGAAGUCCCCAGGAAAAUCAGGGUAUAUCUGAACUACGAAGAGGAGGAGGUGACAUUUUUUGAUGCUGAUAAAGGGACCAAAAUCUUCACUUUUCCACAAGCCUCAUUCACUGGGGAGAGGAUCUGUCCGUGGCUUGGGUGCAGGACCUCGGCUCACACUGCAUCCCUGACCUGGCGAGGAGGGCACAAAAACAUUUUGAGUCUAAAGUCCAAGACAGAGACAGAGCAAGGUGUCUUGAUGACAAGCAGUGGUGCUUGACUUGGGGUCCUGCAAUAAGAAAUGGGCAGCCUGUGAUCUCACUCCUCCUCCAGAGAAAGGGCUGAGACACAUUCUGUAAAGAAUACCAGUAAUUUACACUAAAGAUACCCUGACAUUGGCUCUCUAAAAUGGGGCUUGGGGGUCAAUGUUCAAGAUAGCUCCAGUUUUGUCCCACUCUAAAUAAUAGAUGGGAGAGCUUGGAAGCUCUUUCUGCGUUGUGUGGAGAGUGGUGACAGUGGUUAAAGCAACCUGCUACAGCUUUGGAGAUGUAAGUACAAGCUGUACUGUGCACUUUGAUCAAAGUCUGCUCUCUGUUGACCUCACUGUAAAUGGAUCCUGGUCAGUCAGAAAUCAGGGUGGUUGGACUAGAGGCUGAUCAGAUCACUUCCUGCAGAUGGUUGUCUAAGAACUACACUUAAGCACACUAGCCUAGCAGGUUACUAGGCUCAGGUGGACCUUCUUUCUCCUGUGGGUAAUCACAAGGAUUCAAGAAAGAUGGAAUAUGAAGAAGAGUGUUAUUUCUUGCUUGUUAUUAAAGUCUGUGGUUGUUUUGUU